GAGCGAAGGACGCCCUUUUCCGGGUCGGGAACGGGGAAGAGAAUCACUUCCUGUGAGGGCGCUACGUCACUUCCCCUCAGGUUCGGCGUUUGGGCGGUGGGGACCCACGCGGGUUCAAUAUGCGUAUCGAAAAGUGUUACUUCUGUUCGGGGCCCAUCUAUCCCGGCCACGGCAUGAUGUUCGUCCGCAACGAUUGCAAGGUAUUUAGAUUCUGUAAAUCCAAAUGUCAUAGAAACUUUAAAAAGAAGCGCAAUCCUCGCAAGGUCAGGUGGACUAAAGCAUUCCGGAAAGCAGCUGGUAAAGAGCUUACAGUGGAUAAUUCAUUUGAAUUUGAAAAACGUAGAAAUGAACCUGUCAAAUACCAGCGAGAGCUAUGGAGUAAAACUAUUGUUGCAAUGAAGCGAGUUGAAGAGAUCAAACAGAGACGCCAAGCUAAAUUUAUAAUGAACAGGUAUGAAUAUUUAUAUAGAACUGACCACAAAAGACCUGCUCUCAUUGACUUCUCCAAAGACUCUUCCCCACUAGAGAAGGACUGA